UGCAGGAUGUGCUUCUGUGUGAAUCAGCAGGAGGCCAGGCCAACUGGAGCUUAGGCUUGGUGAUUUGUCACCCAGGUACCUCUCCACUGCCAGACGUGGGCGCAGGGCUUCCAGUGGGGGGCUGCGCAUGCAGCCUGACGAGGCGGAGUGAGAGCGUACAUCUGGAGGCAGAAUGUCAGGCAUAAAAGGCCCAGGCUCGGUAAACGAUCCAGAGUUGGAGUCCACACCAGGCAGGAUGGACCCCUUCGCGGACACCCUGCAGCGGCUGCGGGAGGCCUUCAGCUCGGGGCGCACACGGCCAGCAGAGUUCCGGGCCGCCCAGCUGAACGGCCUGAGCCGCUUCCUGCGAGAGAACAAGCAGCUUCUGCUGGAGGCGCUGGCUCAGGACCUGCACAAGCGAAGGCCCUCCACGCUGGAGACCACAGCUGGGCCCCGAGUCUGGGCUCUGAGGCUCCCCCGACCCCACCGCUACAGCCCAGCCUGGUGCCUCGACUUCGUGACACUGGUGUUCCCUGUUGCCGGGACUACCGUCCCUGGGACAUCCGGGAUCCUGGGCCCUGACAUUCCCGCGGGCCCGCCCACCGGAGGCCCCGCCUACCGAGGCCCCGCCCGCCAGAGGCCCCAGCUACCGGAGGCUGCGCGGAGGCCCUGCCCACCAGAGGCCCCGCCUACCGAGGCCCCGCCCGCCAGAGGCCCCGCCCCUGGGCUGAGCAGACCCCUGUCCCGGGCAGCCCCCACGGUGCUGGUGGACGUGCAGGAGACCGAGCCGGUGAUGCAGGAGGAGAUCUUCGGGCCCAUCCUGCCCAUCGUGAACGUGAGGAGCCUGGGCCAGGCCAUCGACUUCAUCAACCGUCGGGAGAAGCCCCUGGCCCUCUACGUCUUCUCCAAGAGCAGCCAGGUGGUGAACCAGAUGCUGGACAGGACCAGCAGCGGCAACUUUGCAGGGAAUGAAGGCUUCACCUACCUGACUCUUACCUCCCUGCCAUUCUCGGGAGUCGGCAAAAGUGGGAUGGGAAGGUACCACGGUAAGUUCUCCUUCGACACCUUCUCCCACCACCGCGCCUGCCUGCUCUCCCACUCGGGCCUGGAGAUGCUGAAGAACAUCCGCUACCCACCCUAUUCUGACUGCAGACAGAAGCUGCUCACCUGGGCCUUGGGCAGCCACAGCUGCAACCUGCUGUGAACACCCUGCCCGCCUCCAGGUCUCUGUCCACGACCCCUCUGUCCUGCUGCUGCCUGGGUGCUCAGUGGACCCCAAAAGACAGGCGUCCUGUCCAGGAAAAGAAAGGUCCUGCCCUUGGGGCUUUGUCUGAACAGACGCCCAGCUGGACAGGCCUCUGGGCCACCGGUCCAGAGUCCCCUCUGCAGCUUUCUGACAGAUUUGUUGACCCUCUGCUUGAACAUGUCUGGUGACAGAGAGCUCACCCCCUAGGUUGAGCAGCCCUGGUGGUUAGGAAGGCCUCUCUCACAUCAGAUCUAUAAUUAGGCUCCCGAAGUACAGUGAUUUCUAACAGCUCCAGCCAUACCUGGUUUGGGAAGCUGGGUUUGUCUGGGUCUGUUUCCCCAACUGCAGUGAAGAACGUGGGCCUUUGGAGACGUCUCUGCCCUCCAGGCCAGGGUCUGCUGUGCCCGUGUCUGUCCUCCAAGCUUGCACCUGCCCCCUCGCCCCUCACUCCUCUCAGCUGCCCCGACCCAGGAGGGAGCCUCACUCCCAUCUCACAGGCAGGAGCCAAGGCCCAGGGAGGGCACCGACUCCCCAGGUCACACAGCCUGUCGGGGAGCGGGUAUCGGAGCCAGUGGGACCUGGGGGUCCCUCUACUUCCUGGGGCUCAGAGGGGCAACUCAGCCGGCCCAUCUCCAGACUGUUCUCACCGCUGUGGCAUGCACACGUGUUGGUAGACAUAGCACAGAUGUGAACACACAGAUCCUCAGACAGGCAGACAUCAGUGCUCACACACACUUGCACACUCAGCUGGGGCUGGAGGCUGCUGUUUCUGGGGGCUCUUGUGCCAGUUUCCUGAUGCCCUUCCAUCUAUGAAUACCUUCUGAGGGUGUGGAGAAAAGGGAACUCCCCUACACUUUUUUGUGGGAAUAUAAAUUGGUGCAGUUACUAUGAAAAACAGUUCCUUAGAAGAACUAAAACUAGAGAAACUGUAUGAACCAGCGGUCCCACUAGUGGGCAUAUAUCUGGAGAAGACUAAUUCAAAAAGAUACAUACACCCCAAUAUUCAUGGCAGCACUAUUUACAAUAGCCAAAACAUGGAAGCAUCCUAGAUGUCCAACAACA